AUGUCACGCCACUGGACCCUCAAGAAGAGCGGCUCGAAGAAAGACGGCGACAAGAAAGACGGUGGAAAGACGAAAGUCAGCAGUGGGAAGAAUAAGCGUGCGAAGAAGACGACGAAAUCGAGCGUCGACUUGGAUGGCGUUGUGCAGCCCUGCGUCCUAGUGCCCCUGAAGGACAAGGUCGAGGCAUUCGUUCGAGCAAUCUCGGACGCCUACAGUCAAGCUGCUGAUGGCGGCGCUGCCGUUCCACCUCCACCUUUUGCGAUGCCGAACCCACUGACGACGGAAUCAUUCAAGAAAGCGCUAGUCGCUCACGUUCGCGAACGACCGCUUCAGCCCCUGGGCACUUCGUGUUUGCCGGGUGAUAUUGGUGAAACGGCUAGGGCUGUAAACAGACUCGUCCUUUGGAACUAG